AUGGAUGUUGGUUGCUCGGGAACUGCUGUUCAGCUUAUACAACUCUUGGUCUGGUUUCUCGGUCUUCUUGGUGAUAGUGUCCUCAUUCUGAUCAUUCAUUCUUUCCCAGUCAUAUGUAACUUUCUUACCUUUCUGGCCUUUAUUACUCUUGUUAUCUCUAUUAUACUUAUGACUAUCAUUGCUCUAAUUGUCAUCCUUGUCGCAUUUCUUACUUCUCAUCUUUCAAAUAUUCACUAA